UAUGACUCUGCGUAGCCGAGGAUGCUAUAAACAGUAUUUUUAUCAUGAUCAUCUAACUUCCCGGUAAAUGAUGUUCAGAGGAGUUUUAUGCAACGGCAAUGAUGGCAACAUCAGAAGAAAACGUCCUCUAAAGACAUCGGCAGUUUUAAUGUGAGACACUUUUUCUCCGGACGAUUUUAUCGAUGCCACGACUAAUUGGUAAACAAAGCUGAAGGGUGAUUUACGCGAAUCUAGGAUGACAAAGGAUGCUGCUUUCACCAUUCUUCCUUCGUACAACAACAUAUCAACCACUAGAGUUCCGCCCGACCAGAUCAAGACUGAUAUCUGCCAAAAGAUUCUAUAUGAGAACGUCAACGGCAGGUAUGCGAGGAUCAAUUCAGACCUCGUUACAUUCGUUUAACCGCGAUCGUCCAGACGGUUGCGUCAGUUCGUUGUAAAAAGCGAAAAUACUUUCACUUUCUUUUUCAUCGAUAAACAUUGAUGAUCGAGAAAAAUUUACUAUAUCAAUUAUAUCUAAGUCAUUAGGGAACAAUAAGGUAAGAGGCUUCCUACAAUGUGCAGCACACAGCAACCAAGCAACGGUGAACAAAGGACAGAUUGGCGUCUGGUUUAUUUAGACAUUUAAUUUGACUCCAUGAAAGUAGAUUCUUGUUUUAAAAUUAGUUUUGCAAGGAUCAUAAGUAGAAGUUGAGCCCCGUUAUCCAACAGGCUGUCUCCUCUUGCAUAAGCUUCAAGGAAUCUUGUUAGAUUCCAAGGCCAGGUUGUUCAAAGCAGGGUUAAGAUAACCCAGGGUUAGUGUGAACACUGAUUUCAGAUCUUCAGUAUAAUUAUUUUUAUCUACAUUUUAAUGAUUGGAUGUUCUGAAAUGAAUUGAGAAAAUUAUUAGCAAAAAGGCUUUUGACCAAAGGAAUAAUGAAACUUGGAUUAAAAUUUAACGUUGGGCUAGCACUGAUUGGACUUUGAACCACUGGACCAAGUUCUCUAAAAAGGUAUUUGUUUGGAAGGUGCAGUAAUGUAUUUCCAUGUGCAACAUUGAACAUUUUACUUAUCGCUCUUUCAUUCUCUUUCCGUAUAGUCACAUCAGGAUUCUUGAUGUAAUCCUCCUGAUUCCAAACAUUCUGUUUCUGAUGUUCCUUAUGUACAGACUUGGAGUAGCUCAUGUACAGCUUAGCAAAAUAAGAUGUCCAAUUGUGAAGACUGUUUAUUUUAUGGUAGGGAUUGAGAUGAUUUUAAAAAGAAAUGCAACCAAAUUCAGAAAUUCAUGCAGGCCUUGCAAAGCCAUGCCCUCAAGAAAGUUUCACCCACAAGUUUUCAUUUUGAAAUACCUGAUGUAACAGGUAACCUAGGACUUCUUAAUUGAUUUUGUCUUUCGAUAGGUAUUCUUUGUCUGUAUCAUUGGAACAGCAAGAUGCUUUGUCUCGAUGCUUCUGACGUCAAUCUUGAAAUUACAUCACAAGGAUUCUCUGCCAACAAAGGUCCUUAAAUUCUUUGACAUCUGAUAAUUUUAUUUUAAUUAUAGGCUGUGUCAGGGUUUCUAUUCAAUGGUGUAAUAGAUGCAAAAAGGAAGGCACUGUAAUGCAAACCUAUGGAAGCUUGUCAGUUCCGCAACAUAAGAGGGCAAUAAUUAAAGCUUGCAAUAUUGGCCAUCACAAUCAUUGAAUCUGAUAGUGUUUGGCACUUAAAACACAACACCAAGAGGGUCUGUGGUCAUGCUUAGACUUUCCACUUUUUUUUUCCACUUUUAAUUUUCAAAUAUCCACUUCUCACAUCCUUCUAUUUAAAUCCCACUUCCCAAUUCUCCCUUCCCACUUUUCACUUUCCACUUUUCACUUUCCUCUUUUCACCUCUCUCUACUUUUCACCUCUUCAUAUCCCUCUUUCCACUUCCCACUUUUUGGGCACUUUGUGUCAUGAGUUGAAACUUGUAUUUUAAUGCAAAAUAUAUUUUUCAUAGAUUUUGUGGAUUAUACUGAGAUGCUUUUUGUUAGCAGUUGAAGUGAGUGUCAUAAUAUUCGCGGUCUGGGCAGGUAUGGACAAGAGUCAACUAUUGAGAGAUGUAAAUAUUGAUUGACUUCAUUUAAAGGUGAAUUAUCACAAACUAUGUUUGCCUUUAGGGAACAUGCAAGAUGGACGCAAAGGUGUAAGGAGAGUUCUGGGUCUGUCACUAUUUUGUGCAGUUGCAUAUUCAUCAACUCAGGUUUGCUGCUUUUUGUGAUGUUCAUCACCUUAAAUCUUAAACUUCUAUGACUGACCAAGACAGAAUUUCACCUAACAUUAUCAUUACAAUAUCAAGCAGAUAAGUGAUGAGAAUAAAGACAAAUAUCAGUUAAGGGCUUAUUAGCUGAUCCAAUACCAAAUUCUCAGAACUAGCAUUACAUGAGUUCUACAGCAAACAGGAAAGAGAAUAACUAGUGAGAUCUUGGGACUGACAGUAUUAACAGCAUUUUCCUCAUCCUUCUUCUUCCUCUUUUUCCUCUUCUCUCUCUUCUUCACUUUGUUGUAUAGUGAUAAUUAUUGAUAAUAAUUAUAUAAAUAGCUAGAGAAAUAAUAUUUAUAAUGAUAGCAAUCAUAAUCAUAUUAUUCUAUUAUUAUUAUUAUUAUUAUUACUUUAUCUCUCAGUUAGUGCGGACGCUAUGAUUGGUCAUUUUAGCGGAUCAUAUUUCCACAGCAUGCUAAAUUCAGUAGUUUGUUUGACAUAAAAUCCUCUCCCUCCCCCCCUUCCCCCCUCCACACACACAUUUGAACCCAGAUAUUUAUUAAAUACCUUACUACCUUUGUUUUCUCGGUCUGUACUGUAAGUUUUGGAACCCCUAUUUGUUUUCUCGGAUUUAUGGCUCACACACUUCGCACUGGACUAAAUAUCCGAUUGGAAAAAACUCGGUCCAUAACCUACUGUACGGAUUUUUGACUCGGUUAGUAGGAGGUAUACAUACAGUGUACUAUAUGCCAUGACCAUUUGUUGGUUUUGGCUCUCUUAGCAAGACAUAGAUAUACUUAACAAUGUAACAAUCACUUUAUGGUCAUCAUCAUUACCUUCAACAUCGUAAAUAUUAAUUCUUCUAUUUUCCUGGUACUCAGGCCACACUUGAGUUUGUCAAAUGCCCAGGAAUAAAUCGCCGAAUUUUUGGAAGUGAAAAGUAUGAUUUCUAUGGACAUGGUGGAUUGUUGUUUUUGUCGUCUACUUCUCUCUUUUUAGCUUUGGUAAGGAUGAUCUUAUUUAUCCACAAUUAGAUCAACACAAAACGUUUUAAAAGAAGCCGCUAUGAAAUAUAGAUGACAAGUUCAAGUUUAAGCUGAUUUCCAAUAAUCAAUCCCAUAUGUAAACCGCCGAGGCAAAGUUUGAUUUUCUGUUUGUAAUAAAGCAUCAUGUUCGGUAGUAGUUCAAUCAAAUUAAUUUGCUUUUAUAAACCGAGUUGGUAAUGCAAACUGGUCACAGUAAAGAGUUUCCAAAGCUGGCGCUUCGAGUCCUGUGUCAUUCGCUCUGACGAAGCCCUUUUUUCAUCUUUUAUUUCCUCUCCUUUUAGGUAUAUCUUAUUAUACUCAUUUUGCCGUGCACCAAGCUAAGAGAGUGGUUUGUUUUACCUGGUAAGAUUGCUGUUAAGUUUCAGCCUGGCAAAUAUACUUGUAGCCUCUCUUCUGAAGGACCACACCCACGGUAGUCUUUUCACAGGGCUCCAUUCAAAGUUCCGACGGGGAUCUAUUCGAUUUUCUAACAGGCUCUCUGAGACUAAUACUCUCUGUUAAUCAAGGAAGUACGAUUAGGAACUUUUAUUUGCGUUUCGCCGUUGAAUUUAGAGCGCAAUUAAGAGUUAGUGUCGUGAAAUCAAACUUAAGGUAAUCCGAUUUUCCAUUUUCCUGCGAGCAUUCCCUUCGGUACGACCAUUUCUCCGCUCGUGGGAAAGUAUGAGGCUUUGAGGAACGCGAGAAACCGAGAGGAGGUCUAAAAGGGUCUGGCACUAAUGAGCUAGCCGGCAAACUUCUCUCUGUUUCGUCUUAAAUCUUCCCGCGGGCGGAGAAACACGCGUCCUGCAGCGCUAAUAAUGAUAAUAAUCAUAGUGAAAACAAACAAACUGCCUGAGGCACGGGAAAACAAAAGGGACCAAUUUGCGGUUGGAUUUCGUUUUGCUUCUGAUUGGUUUAGAACGUCGUGCGAGUUUUCUGGACCAAUCAAUUAGGUCCAUGCAGAUAACGUCUACCCCUGACUUACGUUUGGUAUUCUCCUUUGUAGGGCGGAAAUCUUUCUACUUGUAUUGUGCUGUGAUGUGUGUCGUGAACCUAAUGCAAGGUUCUGCAAGUCUAUUGAUGUACGAAAGUUUUGUGCAAAGUUUAUGGUAGGUUCCGGAUCUCUGAUAUUACGUUGUUCUCGUGGUUUAGGGUAUAUAGCCAGCUUUCAAGGAAAAACACUCGAAUUGUCAACUUCAAAGGGAAAGGAUGGGUGGUUCGUUUAAACCGUCAGCCCAGUUGUCAAACGGCCUUUAUAAUAAUUCUUCUUUCAAUAAAGUUGCCUGUACCUGAUAGCAGUUUUUCUACGUUGCACUUGUAUAUCGUUCUGGUCCCCUUUUCUUAGCAAGUCUGUUUCAAAAUCCCUUCCCUAAGCUAGCCUGGACAAAAAACUUUUUCUAGAUCGUAGCAUAUUAACCUCAUAAACUGUAUCCAAAGACAAAUGAAUAAAGGGGGUAAGUUUCUAAAGAAACUGUGGAGCUGCGUCAGUGGGAGAGUAUAGCAGGUAAUUCAGUGUUAGUAACUGAGUUGAAAACGUAAAUUAGCCACCGUCAAGGGUAAAAAAGCUGACGUUUCGAGUGUUAGCCCUUCGUCAGAGCGAUUGACGAAGAGCUAACGCUCGAAACGUCAGCUUUUUUACCCUUGACGGUGGUUAAUUUACGUUUUCAACUCAGUUGCUAACACUAAAUUACUUGUAUCCAAAGACAGAACGUUUGCAUGAAUCCACUCGCGUCAUCCCAAAUACCGCAAUCUGAUUGGCUACGCUUGAAGAUAUGCCUGAAGUGAAACGGCAUGUUGAGUAUUUAAGAAUAAGAGAUACUGUAAUCAAAUCAUAAUAGCAUUGUUUACUCUGUUUUGUUUUGUUUAUUUACUUUGUUUUUUGUCAGCGUUUUAGACUUCACUUUGAUUAUGUAUUAUGCCGUGUUUGGUCCCAUUGUGUACUUUGCAUUUCUGAAAGAUUUCUUUCGAAGGUGAGCCACUUUUUUUCUUCCCACUUUUUCAUCUUUCUUUUCAGUUUACAUUCAUUUUUGAAUGGCUUAGUAAAUAGAGCGCUCAUAGAAUGAGUGACGGGAAGUAAAAAGCAGAGUUACCAUAAUGGCCAAUCAGAGCGAAGCAAAACAUUACAGGGAACCAAUUAGAAUGAAAAGCGGGAAAAGACAAGCUGCGUCAAGCGCGGGAAAACGCUCGUCAUCAAGCGUGGGAAACGCUUGUGAUCCAUCAAAAUGAGAUUGGUUUUACUUUUAACCUUGAUUGGUUGAAAAAGUGGCGUGAGUUUUCUUGGCUUAUUACACCCAUUUUGAAAUCACUGGUGUUCCCUGUAAUCUGAUUGGCUCUUAUUGGUGCGAUUUAUUCACGAAUCGCACCAUUUUUAAAAGUAACCAAUCAAGUUGCAAGAAAAUGAAAGACAAAGAGUAUCGUAUGGCAAAUUUUGCUACUUUUGUUUCCAAAACUCUCACUUUUUCCCCUCCAAAAAUGGAUGAAUUUAAUUUAAACCAGCUCAGUACUGCAUCAAUAAAAUAUUUGAAGUGACCAAGUCCUGUAUUUGGGCGAUUUCAAAAUGGAUGUCAUAAAGUGGUAAUUGAACCUCGUGUCGUGCAAUUUUGGUCUGAAAUCAUACUUGUGAUUUCAAAUCGAACUCGCGCUGUGCGCUUGAUCGAUUUUGAAAUCACACGUAUGAUUUCAGCUCAAAUUGCACUCCGCUCAGUUCAAUUACUAUUACUAAUCAACGAGCAAAGAGAAGUAAAACUAACGCAAUAUAGGAUCACUUUUGACAUUCAAUCGCUGUUUUUCGGGGCAAAGCGAGUUAUCAAAACUAAAAGAGAAGAGGAGAGGUAUUUAGUGCUUUUUAUGGGUAUUUUAAUCUUUGAAGAUAGUUGGAUUUCUUUUGUUCCGUCUACUGUGGUUAUAUUUUUGUUCAUUGGCCCGCUGUUACAAUGGCUGUGCCAUUUGAAAAGUUUCCUGAUAUGCACUAACGAUUGUUCGUUACCACUAAGUGAUGAUCAAGGGGUGGGGCCUGGGGCCUGGGGCCUGAGGUUAAGACCUACAGACCCUAGACCUCCGGACCUCCGGACCUCCGCACCUCCCCCUCCCUAACAAAAAAUUCCUGUUUCCGCCCCUAGCUCGUUUGUUCAUGUUUGUCAAUUGGUCAUGGACAGUCUUGCAAAUAAGUUAGACUUUCUUUUAUAAUCCCUAUGUGACCAACUUGGUUCGUCGUAUUUUGUUCUUUCAGUGCGUAUACGCAUGUAUUGACAGUGGAUAAUGAUUAUGCCAGCUACUCAUACUCCUAUCUGCCAACAGAAGAUGUCGGAGACGGUUACGUUUCUUCUGAAUUUGAUUAAAUAGUGACGCAUGUGAGACGGAGACAACACAGCGGUCGGACGUCGUGCAUGCGCGAGAGAUCAAUUCUGACCGGCCGUGAGCAACACAGCGGUCAAACGUUUUGCUUUUGCUAGGAAUCAAUUCUGUAGGUCAAACGUAGUGCAUGCGCCAAAGGAGGAAUCAAUUCCGGCUGGCUAUGCGCCAUUUUCCCGCCCUAAAUUUUAGAGGAAAACAUGGGAAACAACUACUGUCUUACAAAAUAAGCGAAACAAAAUUAAAAUGUUCAUAAAAGAAAAAAAAAUUAUGGGAGAGGAAAACUCGAGAAUUUUCGAAGACAAAUCUUAUUUUCGCACGGGUUUUACCAGAAACUUAGAUGCUUUUUGUAAUACCGUGACUUAUUGGCUUGUGUGGUUUUUUGUAAUUCUUUUGAGACAGCCUGAAAACGCCACCUAUUAUGCAACCUAGGUUUUAGAGCGUUCGCGCAUAUGCAGACGUUUCACCGCUGCGCUGACGGGGACUCUUACUUACAGUGCGUGGCAAAAGUCCUGACACGCUGUUCCAUUUUUUUAAUUUUUCUCUACAACUUUCAUUGACCUCCCCCACUCUCCCAUUUAAAUGUUCCCUGACGAGUUGGGAAGAGGUUUGCUGGGGGCCUGGCUGGCUUAUCAGUGCCAGGCCCCUCGCAGACCUCCUGCUGGCUUUCGUUUUAGGAUAAUGAUUUUGACAUAGAAUUUCUUAUUAACUUUAAGAUAUUAUGAGUACGUUAGGAUGUUGUAUAGAUAUUUAAUUCAGAUUUUUAAUUUUUUUUUAACUUUAUCGUAAUAAGAUUAGAUUUUUUCUUAUUGCACAGUUCAUUGUAUAGAUAAUAGCUGUAUACAACGGCUCUUACAUUGGUAAGUCUCAAAAAUGUCGGGUAGUUUGUCUCACAAUGUCACGCAAUCUUAAGAAGGUCGAUCACGGUAAAACGCUUGUCGCACUCAGUCACGCAAUCUUAGGGUCACAUUGAAGGGAAGAUUUGCUUUGGAUCCCUAGUUACAAUAAAAGUUUUAAUUUCAACGAGAUACUAUCGUGGCGUUGAUGAAAAUAUGUUGAGGCAGAUUAACACAAAUGGGCAAAACUGAGGCGUACACGGUUUCAUUUUAUUCUAAAAAAAGUCAAAUAAUAAGUGGUUACGCUAAACAAUGGACUUUAAGAGAAACCUUUUAACACUUAUGCUUGCAAUUUUGCAGACCUGAGAGGAACAUCCACACCACAAAUUCUUACAUCUGAGUCAGUAGCCAUAAAUUAAUUCAUCAGAAGUAUAACAAAAUUCUUGAACGCGAUUGGUUAUCACAAGCCCGAUUUGAGCACUAAUAGGACAGUGUACGCAUCAUGCCUGUAAUUGGACAGUGCAAUAGGACAGUUUAAGGAACAGUUAACACAUUAUGCCUGUGUAAGUGAUAAGUGGACAGAACUCGUCAUGUGCGCGCGCUGCUGUCUUGCAUUUCUUCGAGUUAAUUGUUGUUUUUUUUUUUAAUGAGAACGCAUGACCGAUGUCUAGCUUCUUUCUCAAAUUAUGUCAUAGUUUUAAUUAAUCGGUAACAGGACUUCCUAUCCUCCAAUUCUGUCCGUGAUUGACAAAUCGGACUCCCGCUUCGUGAUCGUCCAAUUUCGUUUAUCACUCGUAUGAUUACAGACCGAAUUGGACUUUCUCUCGGUCAUGUUACCGUUACUAAUUAUUUAUUCAAUAAAAAUACAGAAUAAGGGCCGUUCAUUAUUUGCCGCGGGGGGGGAGGGGGGCAGUCAAUUUU